GCGGACAAGACCUUGUGCUCGAGCAGCAAAUGGAAUUGUCCGAUGUCACCCAGCCUUCCGCGUACUCCUGGAUCACAACCUGCCUCUGUCUAUCUGGCCCGCUGCGCCAUGGCGUGGCGCCGGAGUCAUACCCGUUCUCAAUCGCGGAGUACCGGCUAAAUACAACGAUGCUGCCGCGUAUAUAACCUGAAGCCAAUCCACAUAUGCCUGAAUUGAUUCUGGCUAUAUCUCUGUCUUCAUCUACAUCUUGUGGUCUUCUACUUACACGCCCUUUGCUCUAUUCGUGUGACAUAUUGUGGCCCAUCGGUCAAGCCAUGGCUUCCUCCGGCGAUCAGGUACCCAAAAUGCAAUACCGUUUCCUUGGCCGGUCUGGCCUUCAGGUCUCCGCGAUAUCGCUUGGAGGAUGGGUCACUUACGGCGAUGCGGUGGGCGACGGUAAGACACGACAGUUUCAAGUGGGACAAAUCUAACUUUGCGAAGAGAUUGCUUUCGAAUGCAUGAAAGCUGCCUAUGAUGCCGGAAUCAAUUUCUUCGACUGCGCUGAAGGCUAUGCCGAAGGCAAAUCUGAGCUUGUCAUGGGCAAGGCCAUCAAGAAAUAUGGCUGGAAGCGCAAUGAUCUGGUCAUCUCGACCAAGAUCUACUGGGGGGCGGCCCAUGGAGACAAUCCGGUCAACAAUGGCGGCCUUUCCCGGAAACAUAUCAUCGAAGGGGUCGAGGGAUCCCUGAAGAGACUGCAGUUAGACUAUGUCGACCUGAUCUACUGUCACCGCCCAGACAGACACACUCCGAUCGAGGAAACUGUUCGAGCGAUGAACUAUAUCAUCAACACCGGAAAGGCAUUUUACUGGGGAACAAGCGAGUGGAACAGUGAGGAAAUCGCCAUGGCUUGGGCUUGUGCAGAAAGACUCAACUUGAUCGGACCUGUCAUGGAGCAGCCGGAAUACAGCAUGUUGGCUCGUGACCGGGUGGAACGAGAAUAUGCUUUGCUGUACGAGAACUACGGUCUUGGUCUGACCAUCUUCAGUCCACUCAAGCAGGGUAUCUUGACUGGGAAAUACAACGACGGCAUUCCCGAAGACAGCAGAAUUGCCAAAGCCGCAGACGGGUUCACGACCACCCAGAGAGAGAGCUAUGGAAAUGAGCAAUGGAAGAAGACUCUGGCCCAAGUCAAACAGCUGAAGCCGGUGGCAGACAAGCUGGGCACUGAUCAGGCAACGCUGGCGUUGGCUUGGGUCUUGAAGAAUCCACGUGUGAGCUCAGCAAUCACUGGGGCAUCAAAGGUUGAACAGAUCACGAAAUCUAUGAAGGCUUUGGAUCUGGUUGCCAAGUUAGACGACAAGGUCAUGGCCGAGAUCGAUGAGAUACUUGGGAACAAGCCAACACUCCCGUAUAGACGGUUGUAGUUGGGUUGCUGUCCGCUGUCGAGGGCCAUACUCAGCCUAGGUCCUGCACGAUCGGAAAAUAUGCAACCAAUUGAUCAACCCCUUUGACUUUGA